AUGGCUUCAAUCUUUUCUGCACCAGACUCUAAGAUACCGUCCGUGGUGCCCGACUCAAGACCACUGCCACGCAUUCUCUGCCUUCACGGAGGAGGAGUCAACGCAACGAUUUUUGCAGUGCAAUCACGGUCCUUGAUACGUCACUUGCAACACUCUUUUCGCCUUGUAUGGGUGGAUGGACCGUUCUUUUGCGACCCGCAUCCCGAUAUCGUACAAGUAUACGGUACCUACUCACCCUUCCGCCGAUGGAUGAGGUGGCUUCCCGAACAUGCUGAGAUCGACGACGAGAGUUGCAUUGAAGAAAUAGGGUAUGCGUUAAGAAGUGCCAUGGAGGAUGACAACCGGGCAGGCGCAACUGGCGAGUGGGUCGGAUUGAUGGGGUUCAGCCAAGGCGCAAAUCUAAGUGCAAGUCUGUUGUUGGAACAGCAGGCACGGGAAGAGAAAGCACAAGAGAGUGGACAAAAGAAUAUGCUCGGUCCGAUAGGGAUUCCAGGGCUGAACUGGAAGUUUGGUGUUUUGCUCGCGGGAAGAGCACCGCCAAAAAAUCUGCAUCCAGAAAUUUUGACAAGUCAGUCAUUGGUGAGCGCGGGAGACAUAUCGUCGGGAUUUCAGUUCUGUAAAGAUAUAUCCGAUGAGGCAAUUUUGAAGAAACCAACACUUCAUGUUCAUGGUAUGGCAGAUGCAGGGCUAUAUUUGCAUCGCAAGUUGCUGCACGAGUAUUGCAGGGAGGGUACUGCAACGCUGGUAGAAUGGGAGGGAGCACACCGACUGCCGUUGAAGAGCAAAGAUGUUGAUCGCGUAGUAGGAGCUAUGUAUGACCUUGCUGAGAGCACUGGCGUACGGGUCAUGAGGACUGUCUAG